AUGGCGGCAGCACCCAAGAACAUUCGAGACUACAAGCUGUGCCUGUCCCUGAAGAAAGACUUGGCCUACCAGAUUCUGGCAGGAGCUCCGGUAACAAGCUUGGAUGACGCGACCAAGCAGUAUGAAAAGGUCUUGGGGUUCAAAGCUUUGCAGAACAAGGUGAUUGUGUUCAAGAUCGGUGAGCCUGUGUAUCACUCGGGUGUGGCGCCCAAGACCGAGUCCAAGUCUAAGAAGAAGAAGCGGGUUCUCGCAGAGAUGGACAAACUGGCCGAGGCAGUUGCAUCAAUGGACAGCUCAAAGAAGCCCCGUGUGGAUGAGAAGUGA